AAAUAUUUUAUCAUGUUAAAUGUUUUUUUAGUUAUGAAUUUGAAUGUCAACAAAAUACACGCGUAUAUUAGGUGAAAUCAACUUUUAAUUUCUGGUUUUAAAUCGAUAAUCAUUCAGCAGUGGCUAUAUAAACCACCCAAAAUUCAUUGAAAGAGGUCACAAACAACGUUACUCUAAAUUUCCAAACCUUAAUUUACUUUUCUUCCAAAUACAACAAAAUUGUGAUGGGUUCUGAAUUGGAAGGCACCACAGAAGUAGUAGUUGAUCUUAAAAGAAAACAAGAAGAAGAAAGCUUCUGUUAUGCUGCUCAGUUGUUGAACACAAAUGUGUUAACCAAGUCCUUGCAAACCACAAUUGAGCUAGGAAUCUUCGAUAUCAUAGCGAAAGCCGGGGAAGGAGCUAAGCUCUCUGCGCGGGAGAUAGUGGCGCAGUUGCCAACCAACAACCCCGAUGCGCCCAUGAUGGUGGACCGCAUCCUUAGGAUGCUGGCCAGCUACUCUGUGCUCGUAUGCUCUGUAGUGGCCGAUGAUCAAAGGGCUUACAGUCUUAAUAAUGUCUCCAAAUGCUUUGUCACUAAUGAAGAUGGUGUUUCUUUAGGCCCCUUGAUGUUGUUGUUAGAAGAUAAGGUCUUCUCGGAUAGUUGGUCACAACUUAAAGGUGCAAUACUUGAAGGAGGGAUACCAUUUAACAGAUUCCAUGGAAUGAAUGCCUUUGAGUAUCCAGCUUUGGACUCAAGAUUUAAUAAGGUUUUUAAUAAAGCAAUGCAAAACCAAACCACUAUGAUUAUGAAGCAGAUUCUUGAGUUUUACAAAGGCUUUGAAAACCUUAAGCAACUUGUAGAUGUUGGGGGUGGUUUGGGAGUGACUCUAAAAGAGAUUACCUCCACAUAUCCACAUAUUAAGGGUAUUAACUUUGAUUUGCCUCAUGUUGUACAACAUGCCCCAUCUUAUCCAGGGGUCGAACAUGUGGGUGGAGACAUGUUUGAAAGUGUUCCAAGUGGCGAUGCCAUUUUUAUGAAGUGGAUACUUCAUGAUUGGAGUGAUGAGCAGUGUGUGAAAGUAUUGAAGAAUUGCUACAAAGCUAUACCAGAGAAUGGAAAGGUUAUAGUGAUGGAAGGGCUUCUUCCAAUGUUGCCUGAAGCUAGUUAUGGUGAUAACAUAAUGUCCAAAACAGAUGUGUUAAUGAUGACUCAAAAUCCAGGAGGAAAAGAGAGGAGCAAACAAGAGUUCCAAGCCUUGGCAAGUGGUGCUGGAUUCAGUGGCAUCAGAUUUGAAUGUUGUGUUAGCGGCUUUUGGAUCGUGGAAUUUUUCAAGUAGAGAAUAUAUAUGGCUUUUUUCAAUUAUGAAUAAAAAUUGCCAUGCAUAUGGCUUUGAUUGAAGAUAUUAGUAGAGGGAUUAUUUACUCAUAAUAAUAUGUGUAUAAUUAAUAUAGGGAAUUAUGCUGUACUGUAUAUCAAUUUAAGAGCGUACGCUGUUAUCAUAUUCUUAUCAUAUAUUUUAGUGAAGUUAAAA